CCAUCGUUGCCUACACAGCCACCACUGUGGCUCGUCGGUGAGCAAUCUUGGGUUGUUCAGUACACGAUGAUGAACACCACAGAGGAUUGGAAAUCAUUGUGGCCAAUCUCUUCGGUCCAUUCUCCGCCGCUUCUCCUCUCCCCUGCCACCACAACCGCCGCCUCCAGACAAAUUGGACCUGUCAUCUUUAAACCACAAACCCACAACCAUCUGUUCACUUCAUCUUCCGUUUCUCCUCACAUCCCUCCUUUCCCAAACCUCUCUCUCUCUAGAUUCCUCUAUACAUCCUCUUCUCUCCUCCCUUCCACCACCACUUCUAUUGCCUCACAACUAUUCUCCUCUUCGUUCAACCCCGAUCGACUUUUGGCCCACAAUUCCCUUCAGUUGCUGAGAUGCCCUGGUACAAAUUCCACUCUCGCAUUCUUUCCCACCGGUUCCAACUCCGAUCAAGUGGGGUUUGUCAUAUUGUCUGUUGAGAAUUCCCAAUUGACGGUGAGAGGAGCUUAUGGUGAAAAUGAAUUUCUUACUUCGAAAAAUGCAUUGACUCAUCGGAUUGUCAAGAUUUCUGCAAGCCCGCUUGCUGAUUGUGAUUGUACUUCAGGUGAUCUUUGUGAUUCUACCAUUGGGUACUUGUUGGUUUCUACGUCUUAUUCUCUUCAUUACUACAGUGUUAGAAUCAGAAAGGAGGGUUCUGGUAGAAUCACACCUGGGUUGGAGUUAUUGGGUAACAAGUUGUUCAAAAGUUCUGCAAUUGUACAUGCUUGUUGGAGUCCACAUUUGCCUGAAGAGAGUUUGGUGUUGCUAGAGAGUGGUGAUUUGUUUUUAUUUGAUUUGGAUUCUUGCUCUGAACCCUCGAUAUCAUCUCUGAGGUUGACCGGAAAGAAAGUAAAAGUUUUAUGGGAUCAGUCUCUUUUUAAUGAGAAAGGUGGGUGGUUGAGCUGUGAUUUCAGUUGGCAUCCAAGAGUUCUGAUUGUUGUUCACUCCAGUGUUGUUUUUCUUGUUGAUUUAAGGUCUGAGAAAUACAAUGUCAUCCCUUUGUUGAAACUUGGCUCAGAGCAUGUAGAGGAUGAUAGAUUCGUUGCAUUCUCCAUUGCUGCUCCUGAUCGUUUCUAUUUCACUCUGGCUUCAAAGCACAUGCUUUUUCUUUGUGAUUUACGAAAACCGAUGGUUCCACUUUUACGUUGGGCUCAUAAUGUUGCUAACCCAAGCUAUAUUGUUGUUUCUAGUUUGUCUGAACUGAGGUCACUAUCUGAAGAUGUUACAUUCAGCUGGGCUUCUGAAGCCGGUUAUGGUAUUAUAUUGGGGUCCUUUUGGAACUCUGAGUUUAGCCUUUUUUGCUAUGGUCCAGAUGUUAGAGAGUCUGUUUCUUCUGAAAUAUCUUCUUGUGGUAAAUCUUUUUAUGCCUGGGGACUCCCUUCUGAUCUUUCACUCGUCACCCAUGAAUGUGGUUGUGGUAGUUGCAUUGUAAAAGAGGAGUUUUCUAAGGAUAGGUUUCCUCAUUGGAUUAAUUGGCAACAGAAGAAAGAAUUUGUUUUGGGUUUCGGCAUUCUUGCCAAGGAAAUCUCUUCUCAGUUGUUUGAACCUGAUAGGUUUGGUGGGUUUACUCUCAUUACAAUGACAUCUUUGGGGAAUUUCGAAUCACAUAGAUAUUCCGCCUCAUGGGACUAUUCACAAACUUCACAAAAGGGCCACACUGACCAAGCUUUGGAUUUAGAAGAUUCUCUAUUGUAUGACACAAGUGAAGAGGGAUACAAGUUCCGUAAGGUUUUUGGAUAUUUGAAACUUGAAUGGCUUAAUGGAUACUUAAAGUCUGAUCUUGGCCAAAUUUUGAGUAGAGAACUAAUUAAAACCCCUGACAAUGAGAGUGCAAACAAGGCUUAUUUUGGGGAGGAUUUCCAUGAAAAUAUAUGCCAAAAGUUACAGAUGUUUAGUUCCGGUGGAUCUCAUUGGUCUCUAGAAAUUCUUGAUGUGUUCAAAGAGAUUGGCUUGCCAACCAGCGCACAUGAGAUCGCUUUAAGGAGUUUAUGGGCAAAUUUGCCAAAGAAAGUUUUACGAUUUGGCUUCUCUACCUAUUCAGAUCUUCUAGUCGUUCCUAAGAACCUAAAGCAAGCACCCUUUGAGUUCUUGGAAAUUCCAUGCCACCAACCUCACUUACCACCUUUUUUCUUUCGAUUUCCCUCAUUCCGCAGUAGUAAAUGGUCGGGAAAACAUAAGCCCAGUGAUUCUUUAGUAGGACCUCUUCUUCCCAUUCCGUUUCUGAUGACUUUUCAUAAAGCCCACAUGUUAAGAGCAGAUAACAAGUGUGCUGACAUGGAAAUUGACCUCAAGUGUGAGGAAGUAAUGAGGGUAGCUAACGAAGUUACUGCAUUACAAUCUGAAAGAUGUAAUGACCAUGCUGUUUCUCUUGCUGAUGACAAUGAAGAUAUGUUUCACAGUUCUCAAAAUCUACAAUCAUUUGCUUCAUAUAAGCCUGUUGCAUUCUCUAGUAAGUUGUCAAUGGAGGAUUUUGUUUUCGAGGAUGAGAAACAUACAAAUCUACUUUUUAGAGUUGGUCAAAAGGAUGAGAAAGAGAUUUUUGAUUCAGAUUGCCCUUUGAAAUUUAAAUUUGAUAAACAAGCCACAAGUUUUGGGCCAAAAGAAAUGAAAGCAUACAAAUUACUGAAGAGGCAAUAUUCAAAUUUCAAAGGAGGUUUUAGUAGUUACCAAGACUAUAUGACUAAGUCUAACCUCCACAAGUAUCAGUUGGAUGUGGGCGAAAUACAAAUAGCACAUCUGGAUACGGGUGCCGGAAAAACAAUGAUAGGCGUCAUGAUCAUCAACAAAGUUGCAGUUUCUAUUAAAAAGAAACCAUCUGAAAAGAAAUCAAUGGUUUUCUUGGCCCCAAUCCGUAAUCUUGUUGAGCAGAGGCUAAGGUGAACGUUGGUAGAAAAUAAAGACGAAAACAAGGUUGAUGAAUGGAUUCUGCCUUUUGGGAACGGAAGAGGGAUGAGAAUCAUGUGUUUCUUUGGCUGAAUACUGUGGAGCACAAAUAGCAGCACUUGAAAGCUUAUUGGAUUUUUUGGUAGUAGUAUGUCAUUUUUUACAAGAUUAACCCUUGACUUGAAAGUUCGUUUGUGAUACGAAACUUGAUGGUAACAACGAUGAGUUAAAGUCGUGCUGUUAAUGUUCAGAUUUACACAUUAUGCAGCUGGACAGAGCUGAAGAAUGUGCCAAAAAACUGAAGCUGGAUGUUUUGCAAUUCUUUCUUACAACAAACAGAACAAACCUCGAGAUUCAAAUCCCGGUUUUCCACCGCAGUUUGAGGAACGAGAUGCAAAGUAAUUACCGGUGAAAAGCAUGAGGUGCAAAAUAAUUGCAUUGAUGAACCGGGCCUUUUGUGUGUUUAGUAUACCUUUGCUGGAAGCUUUGUUCAUUAUAUGCCCAAAUGCAAAGAUGAUGGUUCAAGAGAGACGAAAUAGAGAUGUAUUGUGUUGUAUUACGUACAUACAUGCACG